AUGGAUGAUUCAAUUUAUAACCAAGUGUUAGAUUGUUUUAGAAGAAUGAGAGGUAAUAAUGGAAAUGAAAUCGAGUCAUCCAGCUUAUGGCUGAGCGAAUUUUGUUCAAAUCCAAAUUCAAUAAAUACCCUUGUUUCAAUUAUCCAGAACAACACAGAAGAAGUGAUGAGACAGUAUGCUGUGAUCACUCUGAAGACAGCACUACACACAAAUUGGUUCAAUAUCAGCGAAUCAGAACAAGACCAAAUAUUUCAGUUAAUCAUUCAACUUAUACUAAGUCAACAGUCAAUGUACGUUAAAGUUAACCUUGUAGAUGUGUUUCAAAGAUAUAUCAAUCCCAAUCAUAUAAUGAAUAUUUUACCAAUAAUAUUUGAGCAGACAAACUCUGAAGAUCUUAACAUUGCAUUAUGUUUAACACAACUCAUAGCUACAGAAAAGAAUUUUCAAACCAUACCAGAGGUCGAAAACGUUUUACAAAACCUAUUUCAGAGAGGUUUUUCAGAUAAAAGUACAAAUACUCGUUUAGAAACAUUUUACUGUAUGUACAGAUGCGCACGAAGCGGUUUGAUUUCUCAAAUUGCUGAUCUUUGGGAUAACAUACUAGAAUUACUUGAUAUCUGUAUCCAAGAUGAGCAAAAGCUUAGCCAAUUCAUAAAUAUUAUGGAUGAGAUAAUGGAUGACCUCCCUGGACUGUGCGAUCCCAUUUCUUUGUACGAGAGAUGUAUUAUUCACUUUGAUUCACAAGACAAAGACCCAACAAUAUUACAACAUUUAUAUGUGAUUAUCAAUGCACUCGGAGCCAACUUUUUAAACUCUUUUGAAGGUGAAGAAUUUUAUAUUCAAUUUAUUCAAAUUACUUAUGACUUAAUGAUGUAUUUUUACGAACCAUCAGAUGAGUUAUCAGUAAGCCUCGUGCAAAAAUAUGAAAUUGGGAUGUCAGAAGUCAUAUCUACAGUUGAUUUCCUUAAAUACCUUUGGCAGAUGAGUUUGGAUAUCGUAGGAACCGAUAAGGGUAAAUUUUGCUUCUUAACUGCUCUUUAUGCCACUCACGAACGUUCUCCUGAAUUUUAUGAAGAUAAAACUCAUGACAUUACGGAAUUUUUUGCAUCCUGCAUUGACACAGAGAUACCAACAAUAUUAGAAAAGUGCGCAAUGACAAUAACAGAGUUCAAACCAACUCUGAAACAAAAUGCUGAUUUAGAUACUCAACAACUUGCUAUAAAACUCAUGCCUGUUGUCCAAAAUAAUCCAACUGAAAUAUACAUAUCAGCAUUGACAGCUCUUGUCAGCGCUCUUCAAGAUACAUCUUUAAUUUUUUCAGAUGUCUUCUCAAUUGCUCAUAAUUUACUUCUUACCAAUAACCCAACCUUAGCACUUAAUGCUAUACCUCUCCUGGCUUCUGCAAUUGCUCGUGGAUUUGAUAAAGUUGAAGAAUUCUUCCCAAACAUCGAAGAAUUCAUUUCUACUUACUUAAACUCCACAGAAGAAUCAGAUGAUACACUUUUAUUCAAGAUUGAAGCCAUCAGAUGCAUUGAACAACUAAUAUUAACAUUUAAUAACGUUGUUAUCAGCCAAUGCGGACAUUUGAUAGAAUAUCUGGUAUCUAGUAUCGCAUCUCCUUUAUCUUCAUCGUUUGAACUUGCUUGUAUGUCCGCUCUUUCAGUUGCAUCUGAAAAUGCACCACAAAUUCUUCCUCAAUGGUCAGAAGAAGCCUUGAAUUACCUCAUAUCCAUAGUAAAUAUUGAUCUGGAUGCACAAUUCAAGGAAAAUCUCGAGAAACCAAUUAAUGAAAAUUCAGAUGAUGAAAUUUUCAAGACAAAAUACCAAAAGCAUGCAUUUAUAUUGAAUAUACUUUCGCAUGCUUUACUUUCUUCCGAAGAAAUUUACAACCAACACAUAGAUGAUUUAAUUGCCGCUUCCACAAUGAUGAGAAGAAGCUUUUCUCCUGAAUGCCAAGCUAUGGCAUGCGUUGCAAUUAAGUUAAUAUCAGAAGCAGCCCUUAAAUACAACUCUCAGUCACAAGAAUUGACAGAAAAACUGUUUUCCAUCGCAAUUGGUGACGAAUACGAAGACAAAGAGGUUCAAACAGCAUGUGCAAAUGCAAUUCGAGCAAUGAUAUUCGUCCACAAAGCUCCUUGCCAGACAGAAAUGUUGGUUCAAAUAUUAUCUCAUUUUUAUAAGUACGUAAUCUUCACAGAAGAUAUCUUCGGAUGCGAUGAAUUCGUUCUCCUUGCGAAAGAUGUCAUUUAUACCCUUGCAAAACAGGAUUUCGCAAAUAUUAAAUCUUUUGCAGAGCAAUUGCUUAACGUAAACGGAGAAUCGAAGAGCCAUUUCUAUGUAGCUCUAUGUAUUAUAUCAUUUUUGAUCAGCGCUGAGCCUUCUCAGUUCGAUAAUAAUUUCAAGCAACAAAUAUUAAAUCUCCAGAACGAAAGAAUAUCGAAUUUGGAGACUAUAUCUAGCAGUAUGUUCAUCAGGGAGAUAUCUGUAUCAGAUCCCGCAUUUUUCCAACCUUUGGCCCAACAAUCUUUCGAAGCUCUGCUAAAUGCAAUUACUUCUCCCUUAGUUGAUAGUGUUGUCGGCCGUAAAAUCAUGCAUUAUGCAACAGUCAGCGCAAUGCAUUUAGUUCUGAACGUAAUUCCGGAGAUUUUGAAUGUAGAAAUCGCUGAUGCAAUUCUUACUGUGUUGCCACUGAAAUGCGAUACAGGGGAUUCGAUGCUUCAAGCUUCUUUCAUCAUUAGUGUUUAUAAAAGAACAGAAGGCCAGUUUAAUAUGAAAAUUGCAGAAAUAAUUCGUGAUUGCAUCGGAGAUAAGAAAUCUUUGGUCAAAAACGAUUUGACACCAGAAAUUAUACAAUCUCUAAAAGAUAUUUACAACGAGAUUGAAGCUUCAGGAAUUUUAGGAGAAUAA